AUGAUGUGCUUUAGUGCUACUGGUGAGAAAGCCCCGCUGGGAGAGCCUCUUGCCUCUCAGGACUUCUCGGCCCAGGCGGGAAAGGCAGAGCGGGAGCAGAGCACAGAUAGAGUGUGCAGUGCCCAGGAGUUCAGGCGCCACUCCUCACAAGAGAGGGCGUUGGAAGUGGCAGCAGAGAGAGCAGAGGAACCGCAGAUUCCGAGGGAUCCACUGAAGGAAGAGGUUCCUCUGGUAGUGCCAAAGGUUUGCCGCCGGCAGCGGACAGCCCACAGGGGUCUGGAGAAGCUGCUCCAGGAAUUCUCUCGCCAAGGGCACACCCUGUCCCAGGUGUGCAGAGAGAAGGCGGCGCAGGCACAAGAGAAGGCUGCCCUGGAAGCCCGACUGACAGCCAUGGAGCGGGACCUACAAGGCCUUUCAGAGCAGCUGGCAGAGGCCAGGUCAGAGAAGGAGAGCCUGCAAAGUAGCCUGCUGGAGGCUCAGCGGCACGUAUCGGAGCUGGAGAUCACCAGGAGCCGUCUGGAAGCCCAAGUGCGCACAGCCACACGGGCCCAGGAGGUGAUACUCGAGGAUGUGAAGGGCCUUCAUCAGGAACUGCUAGCUAUAAGAUCUCUCAGCAAGCAGCAAUGUGAAGAAAUGACUCAACAGCUCCGCUGGGCAGACGAGCAGUGCAGCAUGGCUCUCAGACGCUGGCAAUCUGCACAGGAAGAGGAAAAAAGGAAGCUCCAGCAAAAAAUGAAGAGACGUCUGAAACGGCAGCGCUUGGAGGCACAGGCGAUGCUGGAGAAACGCGAAAGCUUCCUGGCAGAGCUCCAGGCUCAGAAGGCUGCUGUCUCAGCCAAGGUGCACCAGCUGCAAUGGGAGCUAAACCAAAGCCGGCAGCAGCUGGAGCAGCUGAGGCAGCAGCUGAAUGAGGAGCAGGUGAAUGGGCAGAAUAUCAAGGACAAGAUGCAGGCAGAGCUGCAGGAAGCUUGGAGGAUGAUGAAGGCAGUGGAGGAGAGGCACAAAGAAGAAAUGGAAAGGAUGUGCAAGAUCCAGCUGCAGUACAGGCUGGCAGAACAAAGGCAGGUGGCCAUAAAGGAAAUUGAUCUCCAGCACCAGGGCUGUGAGGAAGUAUUGAAAGAAAUCCUGGUCAUGAGGGAAAAGAAGAGCCCCAAUAUUGUCACCUACCUAGAAAGCUACCUUGUCAGAGAGGCUGUCUGGCUGGUGUUGGAGUACAUGGAUGUAGGCUCUUUAGCAAAAGUGGUCAGCAACAAAAGGAUGGCUGUAGGACAAAUGGCAACGGUCUUUCAGGAGAGUAAGCGGAGGUCGGUGGUGGGGACAACUUGCUGGAUGGCACCCGAGGUGGUGAGAAGAGAGCCAUACGGCCCCAAAGUGGACACCUGGUCCCUUGGCAUUGUGGGAGUAGAAAUGGCCAAAGGAGAGCCUCCUUAUGUUUGGGAGAGCAGUGACAGGGCUAAAGAGCUGAUAGCCAAACAAGGCGUACCAGAUCUGCACAAGCUCAGGCUACCCCCCUGCUUGUAUGAAUUUCUGGGCUGCUGCCUGCAGAUGGAUGCGGACAGGCGAGGCUCUGCCAAGGAACUUCUGCAGCAAUGCCCACACAAGAAUGAAAUCAAAGAGGUCCUGGAAUCGCUCUGGGCGCUUCAUCACCAACAAGAAGUUUUGGCAGAGCUCAAACCAAUCCAGGAGCUAGACAACACCAUGCAACCCAGUGGCCACCUUAUUCAGCAGUUCGAUCUCCAGGAGUAUGCAGAUGCUGUUGGAACGUGGGACGACCACAAUGCCAUCAGUGUGGCCGAUGCUGUGCCACACGUCGCCUCAGACGUGGAAGGAGUCAAGUCCACAGUUCGAGCACCACAGCAGCAGCAGCAGCAGCAGAACCUGCUCUGGCUCGCUCUCUUCCUCCUGAGGCUAAAGGGGAAGCCAAGCUCAGCAAAUCUCCACAUGUUGUCAGUCCAGGGCCUGAGCAUCCUGCACCAAUCAGUGGCAGCUUUGGCCCCGCUGGGAGAGCCUCUUGCCUCUCAGGACUUCUCGGCCCAGGCGGGAAAGGCAGAGCGGGAGCAGAGCACAGAUAGAGUGUGCAGUGCCCAGGAGUUCAGGCGCCACUCCUCACAAGAGAGGGCGUUGGAAGUGGCAGCAGAGAGAGCAGAGGAACCGCAGAUUCCGAGGGAUCCACUGAAGGAAGAGGUUCCUCUGGCAGUGCCAAAGGUUUGCCGCCGGCAGCGGACAGCCCACAGGGGUCUGGAGAAGCUGCUCCAGGAAUUCUCUCGCCAAGGGCACACCCUGUCCCAGGUGUGCAGAGAGAAGGCGGCGCAGGCACAAGAGAAGGCUGCCCUGGAAGCCCGACUGACAGCCAUGGAGCGGGACCUACAAGGCCUUUCAGAGCAGCUGGCAGAGGCCAGGUCAGAGAAGGAGAGCCUGCAAAGUAGCCUGCUGGAGGCUCAGCGGCACGUAUCGGAGCUGGAGAUCACCAGGAGCCGUCUGGAAGCCCAAGUGCGCACAGCCACACGGGCCCAGGAGGUGAUACUCGAGGAUGUGAAGGGCCUUCAUCAGGAACUGCUAGCUAUAAGAUCUCUCAGCAAGCAGCAAUGUGAAGAAAUGACUCAACAGCUCCGCUGGGCAGACGAGCAGUGCAGCAUGGCUCUCAGACGCUGGCAAUCUGCACAGGAAGAGGAAAAAAGGAAGCUCCAGCAAAAAAUGAAGAGACGUCUGGAACGGCAGCGCUUGGAGGCACAGGCGAUGCUGGAGGAACGCGAAAGCUUCCUGGCAGAGCUCCAGGCUCAGAAGGCUGCUGUCUCAGCCAAGGUGCACCAGCUGCAAUGGGAGCUAAACCAAAGCCGGCAGCAGCUGGAGCAGCUGAGGCAGCAGCUGAAUGAGGAGCAGGUGAAUGGGCAGAAUAUCAAAGACAAGAUGCAGGCAGAGCUGCAGGAAGCUUGGAGGAUGAUGAAGGCAGUGGAGGAGAGGCACAAAGAAGAAAUGGAAAGGAUGUGCAAGAUCCAGCUGCAGUACAGGCUGGCAGAACAAAGGCAGGUGGCCAUAAAGGAAAUUGAUCUCCAGCACCAGGGCUGUGAGGAAGUAUUGAAAGAAAUCCUGGUCAUGAGGGAAAAGAAGAGCCCCAAUAUUGUCACCUACCUAGAAAGCUACCUUGUCAGUGAGGCUGUCUGGCUGGUGUUGGAGUACAUGGAUGGAGGCUCUUUAGCAAAAGUGGUCAGCAACAAAAGGAUGGCUGUAGGACAAAUGGCAACGGUCUUUCAGGAGAGUAAGCGGAGGUCGGUGGUGGGGACAACUUGCUGGAUGGCACCCGAGGUGGUGAGAAGAGAGCCAUACGGCCCCAAAGUGGACACCUGGUCCCUUGGCAUUGUGGGAGUAGAAAUGGCCAAAGGAGAGCCUCCUUAUGUUUGGGAGAGCAGUGACAGGGCUAAAGAGCUGAUAGCCAAGCAAGGCGUACCAGAUCUGCACAAGCUCAGGCUACCCCCCUGCUUGUAUGAAUUUCUGGGCUGCUGCCUGCAGAUGGAUGCGGACAGGCGAGGCUCUGCCAAGGAACUUCUGCAGCAAUGCCCACACAAGAAUGAAAUCAAAGAGGUCCUGGAAUCGCUCUGGGCGCUUCAUCACCAACAAGAAGUUUUGGCAGAGCUCAAACCAAUCCAGGAGCUGGACCACACCAUGCAACCCAGUGGCCACCUUAUUCAGCAGUUCGAUCUCCAGGAGUAUGCAGAUGCUGUUGGAACGUGGGACGACCACAAUGCCAUCAGUGUGGCCGAUGCUGUGCCACACGUCGCCUCAGAGGUGGAAGGAGUCAAGUCCACGGUUCGAGCACCACAGCAGCAGCAGCAGCAGAACCUGCUCUGGCUCGCUCUCUUCCUCCAGAGGCUAAAGGGGAAGCCAAGGCGCCACUCCUCACAAGAGAGGGCGUUGGAAGUGGCAGCAGAGAGAGCAGAGGAACCGCAGAUUCCGAGGGAUCCACUGAAGGAAGAGGUUCCUCUGGUAGUGCCAAAGGUUUGCCGCCGGCAGCGGACAGCCCACAGGGGUCUGGAGAAGCUGCUCCAGGAAUUCUCUCGCCAAGGGCACACCCUGUCCCAGGUGUGCAGAGAGAAGGCGGCGCAGGCACAAGAGAAGGCUGCCCUGGAAGCCCGACUGACAGCCAUGGAGCGGGACCUACAAGGCCUUUCAGAGCAGCUGGCAGAGGCCAGGUCAGAGAAGGAGAGCCUGCAAAGUAGCCUGCUGGAGGCUCAGCGGCACAUAUCGGAGCUGGAGAUCACCAGGAGCCGUCUGGAAGCCCAAGUGCGCACAGCCACACGGGCCCAGGAGGUGAUACUCGAGGAUGUGAAGGGCCUUCAUCAGGAACUGCUAGCUAUAAGAUCUCUCAGCAAGCAGCAAUGUGAAGAAAUGACUCAACAGCUCCGCUGGGCAGCAGAGCAGUACAGCAUGGCUCUCAGACGCUGGCAAUCUGCACAGGAAGAGGAAAAAAGGAAGCUCCAGCAAAAAAUGAAGAGACGUCUGGAACGGCAGCGCUUGGAGGCACAGGCGAUGCUGGAGGAACGCGAAAGCUUCCUGGCAGAGCUCCAGGCUCAGAAGGCUGCUGUCUCAGCCAAGGUGCACCAGCUGCAAUGGGAGCUAAACCAAAGCCGGCAGCAGCUGGAGCAGCUGAGGCAGCAGCUGAAUGAGGAGCAGGUGAAUGGGCAGAAUAUCAAAGACAAGAUGCAGGCAGAGCUGCAGGAAGCUUGGAGGAUGAUGAAGGCAGUGGAGGAGAGGCACAAAGAAGAAAUGGAAAGGAUGUGCAAGAUCCAGCUGCAGUACAGGCUGGCAGAACAAAGGCAGGUGGCCAUAAAAGAAAUUGAUCUCCAGCACCAGGGCUGUGAGGAAGUAUUGAAAGAAAUCCUGGUCAUGAGGGAAAAGAAGAGCCCCAAUAUUGUCACCUACCUAGAAAGCUACCUUGUCAGAGAGGCUGUCUGGCUGGUGUUGGAGUACAUGGAUGGAGGCUCUUUAGCAAAAGUGGUCAGCAACAAAAGGAUGGCUGUAGGACAAAUGGCAACGGUCUUUCAGGAGAGUAAGCGGAGGUCGGUGGUGGGGACAACUUGCUGGAUGGCACCCGAGGUGGUGAGAAGAGAGCCAUACGGCCCCAAAGUGGACACCUGGUCCCUUGGCAUUGUGGGAGUAGAAAUGGCCAAAGGAGAGCCUCCUUAUGUUUGGGAGAGCAGUGACAGGGCUAAAGAGCUGAUAGCCAAGCAAGGCGUACCAGAUCUGCACAAGCUCAGGCUACCCCCCUGCUUGUAUGAAUUUCUGGGCUGCUGCCUGCAGAUGGAUGCGGACAGGCGAGGCUCUGCCAAGGAACUUCUGCAGCAAUGCCCACACAAGAAUGAAAUCAAAGAGGUCCUGGAAUCGCUCUGGGCGCUUCAUCACCAACAAGGAGUUUUGGCAGAGCUCAAAACAAUCCAGGAGCUGGACAACACCAUGCAACCCAGUGGCCACCUUAUUCAGCAGUUCAGUCUCCAGGAGCACGCAGAUGCUGUUGGAACGCGGGACGACCACAAUGCCAUCAGUGUGGCCGAUGCUGUGCCACACGUCGCCUCAGACGUGGAAGGAGUCAAGUCCACAGUUCGAGCACCACAGCAGCAGCAGCAGCAGAACCUGCUCUGGCUCGCUCUCUUCCUCCAGAGGCUAAAGGGGAAGCCAAGGCGCCACUCCUCACAAGAGAGGGCGUUGGAAGUGGCAGCAGAGAGAGCAGAGGAACCGCAGAUUCCGAGGGAUCCACUGAAGGAAGAGGUUCCUCUGGCAGUGCCAAAGGUUUGCCGCCGGCAGCGGACAGCCCACAGGGGUCUGGAGAAGCUGCUCCAGGAAUUCUCUCGCCAAGGGCACACCCUGUCCCAGGUGUGCAGAGAGAAGGCGGCGCAGGCACAAGAGAAGGCUGCCCUGGAAGCCCGACUGACAGCCAUGGAGCGGGACCUACAAGGCCUUUCAGAGCAGCUGGCAGAGGCCAGGUCAGAGAAGGAGAGCCUGCAAAGUAGCCUGCUGGAGGCUCAGCGGCACAUAUCGGAGCUGGAGAUCACCAGGAGCCGUCUGGAAGCCCAAGUGCACACAGCCACACGGGCCCAGGAGGUGAUACUCGAGGAUGUGAAGGGCCUUCAUCAGGAACUGCUAGCUAUAAGAUCUCUCAGCAAGCAGCAAUGUGAAGAAAUGGCUCAACAGCUCCGCUGGGCAGACGAGCAGUGCAGCAUGGCUCUCAGACGCUGGCAAUCUGCACAGGAAGAGGAAAAAAGGAAGCUCCAGCAAAAAAUGAAGAGACGUCUGGAACGGCAGCGCUUGGAGGCACAGGCGAUGCUGGAGAAACGCGAAAGCUUCCUGGCAGAGCUCCAGGCUCAGAAGGCUGCUGUCUCAGCCAAGGUGCACCAGCUGCAAUGGGAGCUAAACCAAAGCCGGCAGCAGCUGGAGCAGCUGAGGCAGCAGCUGAAUGAGGAGCAGGUGAAUGGGCAGAAUAUCAAAGACAAGAUGCAGGCAGAGCUGCAGGAAGCUUGGAGGAUGAUGAAGGCAGUGGAGGAGAGGCACAAAGAAGAAAUGGAAAGGAUGUGCAAGAUCCAGCUGCAGUACAGGCUGGCAGAACAAAGGCAGGUGGCCAUAAAGGAAAUUGAUCUCCAGCACCAGGGCUGUGAGGAAGUAUUGAAAGAAAUCCUGGUCAUGAGGGAAAAGAAGAGCCCCAAUAUUGUCACCUACCUAGAAAGCUACCUUGUCAGAGAGGCUGUCUGGCUGGUGUUGGAGUACAUGGAUGGAGGCUCUUUAGCAAAAGUGGUCAGCAACAAAAGGAUGGCUGUAGGACAAAUGGCAACGGUCUUUCAGGAGUGCCUGAAAGGCCUGGCUUUCCUUCAUGCCAACCAGGUGAUCCACAAAGACAUCAAAAGCGACAACAUCCUUCUGGGCCAGGAUGGCUCUAGUAAGCAGAGGUCGGUGGUGGGGACAACUUGCUGGAUGGCACCCGAGGUGGUGAGAAGAGAGCCAUACGGCCCCAAAGUGGACACCUGGUCCCUUGGCAUUGUGGGAGUAGAAAUGGCCAAAGGAGAGCCUCCUUAUGUUUGGGAGAGCAGUGACAGGGCUAAAGAGCUGAUAGCCAAACAAGGCGUACCAGAUCUGCACAAGCUCAGGCUACCCCCCUGCUUGUAUGAAUUUCUGGGCUGCUGCCUGCAGAAGGAUGCGGACAGGCGAGGCUCUGCCAAGGAACUUCUGCAGCAAUGCCCACACAAGAAUGAAAUCAAAGAGGUCCUGGAAUCGCUCUGGGCGCUUCAUCACCAACAAGAAGUUUUGGCAGAGCUCAAACCAAUCCAGGAGCUAGACAACACCAUGCAACCCAGUGGCCACCUUAUUCAGCAGUUCGAUCUCCAGGAGUAUGCAGAUGCUGUUGGAACGUGGGACGACCACAAUGCCAUCAGUGUGGCCGAUGCUGUGCCACACGUCUGGAAGCCCUCAGCCAGCCUGGGAUGCUCUGUGCCCUCUACUAAUCUCACUGUGCUCUCCCUCAAGGCGUCCUGGAGGCUUCCACCCUGCCAGGCCUCGGCUUAG